GCUGUUUGCAGACAAGGUUCCCAAGACAGCAGAAAACUUCCGUGCCUUGAGCACUGGCGAGAAGGGAUUUGCCUACAAGGGGUCCUGCUUCCACAGAAUCAUUCCUGGAUUCAUGUGCCAGGGUGGUGACUUCACGCGCCACAACGGCACUGGCGGCAAAUCCAUCUAUGGGGAGAAGUUCCCUGAUGAGAACUUCAUCCUGAAGCACACGGGCCCUGGCAUCCUGUCCAUGGCCAAUGCUGGCCCCAACACAAAUGGCUCCCAGUUCUUCAUCUGCACCGCCCAGUUCUUCACCUGCACUGCCAAGGCCGAAUGGUUGGAUGGCAAGCAUGUCGUCUUCGGCCGCGUCAAGGAGGGGAUGAACGUGGUGGAGGCCAUGGAGCGCUGUGGCUCCAAAGAUGGCAAAACAAGCAAGAAGAUCACCAUUACCGACUGCGGGCAGCUCUCAUAAACCCUUCUCUUAACAACU